AUGGGGCUCUCUAUCCCAUCUAUCGCCGUCCUUGCAUCCGUCCUCGGCAUCUUCACCCUGUCCAUCAUAGCAUACGAAGUAUGGUCCCUCCUUGUCAACAAAUGGGACCCACGCGGGAAGCACUGCUUCGUCACCGGAGGGUCUUCCGGCGCCGGCUUCGCGCUCGCGCAGCUGCUCGUCCGCAAGGGCGCGCACGUUUCCAUCGUCGCGCGCAACCAGGCCAACCUCGACGACGCACUCGCCAAACUCGAAAAAGAACGCCAGAGCCCCGACCAAGUCCUCAAGGCGUACUCGUUCGCCGUCAACUCCGAAGCUGGCUCCGCAGCCGCGCUCGAGGCAGCCUGCGAGCCGUUCAAGGGCCGCGCGCCCGAUGCUGUCUUCACCUGUGCCGGCGCAUCGCGACCGGGCUUCUUUGUCGAGCUCAACGAGGAGUCGCUUAGACAGGGGCUCGAGCUCACGUACUACGCUCAGGCGUUCACAGCUUUGGCCGCGACCAAGGCCAUGGUGAGGACCGGGGUCAAGGGCAAGAUCGUCUUCGUGUCUUCCGUGCUCGGAUACUUCUCCAUGGUCGGGUACGCCGCCUACGCGUCCGGAAAAUUCGCCCUGCGAGGGCUCGCCGAAACCCUCCACUCCGAGUUCAAGCUGUACGGGAUCGACGUCCACAUCGCCUUUCCCGGGACGAUUUACUCGAGAGGCUACGAAGAGGAGAACCAGGUCAAGCCUGCCAUUACGCUCAAGCUCGAGGAGACCGACAGCGGGGACACGCCCGAGGCCGUUGCGACCGGCAUACUCUCAGGUGUCCAGACUGGCAGGUUCCACAUCACACCGACCUUUCUCGGGAACGUCUUCCGUUCAAGCACAGCUGGUGCAUCUGAACGCAACAGCUAUGUGGUGGACCCUCUUUUCGGCCUCAUUGGCUAUAUCGGACUUCCCAUUUGGCGCCUCGGCGUUGACAGCACGGUCAAGGGCCAUCGCGAGGAGCACAAAAGCUACCUGCACGAGCGCGGUCUAAUCCCUUCUGAACGCGUCCCGAGUCCCGUGGAUGUGAAGCGUCGCUCUGCGUAA